GCACAUUUCUUUGUAAUUUAAAAACUGCACAAUGAAUACCAAACAGUUUGUGUUUCUCGUAAUUAUUUAUCAAUAUACAUUCUACACAGGAGUGACCACUCUGGAGGUGCCCAAACAUAUGGUGUCGGGAGUAAAGAAAUUGACUAAUAUAUGCAUAAAGGAAUCUGGUGCCAGCGAAGAUUUAUUUAAGGAAAUCAGAGCGACGGGCGAAUUGCCCAACAAUCAAAAUUUAAAGUGUUUCAUGCAUUGUGUGCUAGACAAAAUUGGAUUGAUUGAUGAUGAUAACAUCGUGCACUUGGAUAAUCUCAUUGAAAUAAUGCCACCAGACUUUGUGCCGAUAAUAGAGCAGUUGCACACAACUUGUGGCACAAAAAGUGGCGCUGAUGGCUGCGAAACGGCGUUUUUAACAAUAGAGUGUUAUAUAAAAAGAGAGCCAAUCAUAUCGAAAAUGUUGUUUUCAACAUUCGCGGAUUGAUUAAAUAAAAACGUGAAUAGUAAAUUGGAAGUGUUAGAAAUUUAAGCGCACCUGUAAAGCGAAUCGUCAAUACGCAGCAGUAGCAGGCAACGCACAAUGCGCAAGCACUCAAUUUGCACUUUAAUCAUGGCAUCCUAAAAAAUAAUAUAUAAAAUAUAUAGUAUUAAAUAUUUGUAAAUAUAAAAAAAAAUUAUGUUUAA